AUGUCAACUACCGCAGUGGUGCCAACGCCAUGUGCCAACUGGAAGGAUGGGGGUAGCGUCUGUUCUCGCGAGGGCACGCUUGUUUGUGGGGGCUGUAAGCUAAUCUUGUACUGUAGUCGUCACUGUCAGGUAAAGCACUGGAGCGAGCACAAGAAGGAGUGCAAAUCCCCACUAAGCAAACCCACCUGGCUCCCAGCUUGGGAUCGAGAGCGACGAGAUCCUGCCUGGUCUCGCGGAGAGGCUGCUACUAACUUGCACAACACCUUUGGGCCGAAUAAACACCUCUGGGGCAAUACGCCGGCGAUGGACGUGCUCCAGCUACCGCGGAAUGAGGGGCCGGCCUACGAUAAGGAUGUAGAUAUCCUGUUCGCGGCAUCCGGAGACGUGAGGAACGCUGUACAAACGAUUCGGAACCUACCCCCUGAUUUUAAGCACCAGGUCAAGAUGACAAUCAACGACAGGGACUUUGAUAUUACGGCAAGGAACGCCAUAAUAUUGCUUCUGGCAUUGAGCUCAUUAGAGGGGGAACCCGAUCAGCCGGAUUUUGAAAGAUUGGCAGAAACGCUUAUCCACGUUUGGUACUCGGCCGCCCUCACAAAAGACACUUUAUCUGAACUACGGUCGAGAGUCAAGCCACUUAUCAACGAGGCAUGCGAGCGAACCGUCGAUAAGCAGCCAGACAUCUUUGUAGGAAAAGAAUGGGUAUUUAAAUCAGGUAGUAGCCUCCUUCUGGUCUUAAAGAAAGAAGAUUGGGCUAGGGUAUUGGAAUUUCUCGACGUGCCUGAAGAUCUAACCCUAGAGAAAUCUCGCAAGAUACGCCAGGCUAUUACUUUAGCACCCGAGCGGGAGGACUAUCGAGAUCGGUGGUACUUCAAAGACGCAUCGCCCUCUAUGCGUGUUGCUAAACAGCGGUAUCGAGAGGAUGGCUUACUCCUGGCUUUUGGCCACCCGCGCAUCGGGUUUGACUAUCCUAACCCGACCCUAUUCCAGACAGUAUUCCAAACAAUUUCCUCCUGGCCUAUGGCGAUAAAGCAGACCCCCUCGGUGGCUGGCCUCUCGACGAGGUCAGAGCAACACCAAGUCGCAUUCCCGAAGACAUAUACGGAAAGCUAUUCUCCUAUCUCCGCGGCGUCUUCAGCGCCUUUUCUCCGCCGCGUUGCGACUGGGAAAAUACACUUCGAGCUCUUCAACGUCAACGCGACAGAGCUGAUCCAACGUCUGAUGUUUGAGGAGGGCUCAUAUGACAGGAUCGAGGCUUCUAACAUCUCAGAUAAAUGCUGGCUAGGCACCCGCGAGACCCUGCGCCACCUAUCGCCCCUUCUCAAGACGCCAGCAGAGAACCCUCACGCUACGCUUAUAACCGUGUAUCUCAACGCAGUGAUGGAGACCGUCCGGGGCAGCGACCAGGAGGGCAAGGGACUCGACAUCGCGCGCAUCCGGAAAUACCUGACCAAUAUCCAGGAGAUCAGCCUCAUGAGAAACCUGCAGGGAGCCGAGAUGUACCGGAUCUGGGACGCGCGGAGCUUCACGCUCGACGCGGAUAAGGCUCUUCCGCCAGUACGUCAUGGGUACAUGGCUGCGAAUCAUUUCGGGGACAUCGAGAAGGACUUGCACGUCGUGAUGAAAGAGCAGAAUACGAUUGGCGACGCGUGGCCUACGGCUUUGAAGCUACGCCCGGGACAGCCUGGGGCUCAGGAGGAAUUUAAUGAUGCUCUUGCGUCGUCUUGUACCGGAGUUGAGCGCAUAAAUUUGACGAAUUUUACAUCUGGUUUCAAUAAUGUGGUCCUAGAACUUACAUUUUCAGAUAAUGUGUACUGGAUCGCUCGGAUUCCGCAUCAAGCCCUCGAUGACGGCGACAGAACCUCGAUGCUCAGCGAGAUUGCUACAAUGAAGAUAAUAAAAAAACAUACUACUAUCCCAAUCCCUCAGGUUUUUGACUUUGAAACGUCCGCAGAGCAACCCUUUGGGUACCCGUACAUUUUCACGGAGUACCUUAGGGGCCGCACUCUUCCGAAUGGGCUGGCGACGACAACUAUACCUCACAAAUACCAUACCAAAGUGGCCAAGCAGCUUGCAAAGGUUUUCGCGGAACUCCAGAAUUUGACAUUCAGCCGCAUUGGACGCAUUUGGUGUGGAGAAAAUGCUGAUCAGCCUGUCGAGAUCAUGGCCAUGACCUGGCAUGCUUCGCCUGGUCCCCUGGAAACGUCGCUCGAGUUUUUCUACAACCAGAGGCAGGGGGAGAACCGGGAAAUAAUUGCUCUACAUCCAAAUAACCCAGACUGGCUGACAGCGUGUUGGGUGAUGAAAACAGCUUUAAGCCACAUAAUCAUUGAGGAUAGAGUCCGAGGCCCCUUUCCCUUGUGUCAUCUCGACUUACAUUUCGGCAAUAUGAUUUUUGAUAACGAGUACAACCUAACGGGUAUUAUUGAUUGGAGCAGUGCACAGGCUGCCCCUCUUGAGCAGUUGUCAGUCUGCCCAGAACUUGUCACCUUCCCAGGGUUAUCAGAUGAGGAGAAUCGACCCAUCGUCGAGCUGAAGAAUCUUGUUGUGGAGUCUCUAAGGGAACUAGAGAGAGAUCAAGAAAAGAAGCCACGGCUAGAUAACCCGGCGGUGGGCGUGGCACUAGACUCGAAUCUUACAUCCCUUUCCACCUACAUGGCUUCUAAGAGUGCGGAGGUCACCUACCGUCAGUAUAUGGCUUCACCAAGAGGAAGUCUUUGGGCUGGCCAGAUGAUUGCGAAGAUUAUCUACGGGAAAAAUGUCACUUGGGAACAGCUGAGGGAGGUAUACGGCACCACGCCGCUUUUCUAG